UAUAAGAAGCAGCAUUUUUCAGCUUGCAUACAUUUUUUUCGCCGUGUCUUGCAAAAUUUUUUUUUAUAUAUUGUACAAAAAAUAAUUAUUGUAAAUUUUAAAUGAAUUAAGUUUAAUAUAGUGUGUAUUAUAUUAAAAAUAAUGAUGGCUCCGUUUAAACGCCAGAGACAACCGAAAAUGACUACACAAGCAUUGCUUGAUUUCGAUUUGGGAGAAAGUUCUUCAGACAGCGAUUUUCGUAUUGAUGAUUUCGAUUCUGACAACUCAAAGGAUGACGACGAUGAAGAAGGCGAUGACAGAUCUUCAGCUACUUCUUCAUCAAAUGACGACGAUGAUGAUGAAGAAGGUGACUCCGACAAAGGAUCGGAUGAUUCUACGCUACAAUUGAAACAACUGUUGGCAGAUGCCAGCGAAGAAAUUAGGGUGGAUAAAAAUAAUAAAAAAACCACCAAACCGCCAGAGGUCACUAACGGUGGCGAUAACCUAGAAGAGUUGUUACGAAAAUUCGAUAGUAAGCCUGAUAGCAAACCUAAAGUGCCCACCAAACCAAUAUGUUGUGUUUGCUUGGGCGAUCGCAGCGAUGACACUAACGAAAUUGUGGAAUGUGACGGCUGUGGAGUUUCAGUGCACGAAGGCUGCUAUGGUGUUAGUGACAACACCAGCAUAUCCAGUACAAAUUCGACUUGCUCUACUGAGCCCUGGUUCUGUGAAGCAUGUCGUGCAGGAGUUUCCGAACCCUCCUGUGAACUCUGCCCCAACAAGGGUGGCAUCUAUAAAGAAACAGAUGUUGGUAAAUGGGUUCAUUUGGUGUGUGCUCUAUACGUGCCCGGUGUUGCUUUCGGUGAAGUUGACCAAUUGUCGAAUGUCACGCUCUUUGAAAUGCAGUACAGCAAGUGGGGUGCCAAAGUGUGUAGUCUGUGUGAAAAUUCUCGAUUUUCCCGUACUGGUGUUUGUAUAGGAUGUGAUGCUGGCAUGUGCAAGACCUUUUUCCAUGUGACUUGUGCUCAAGCUGCUGGCUUCUUGACGGAAGCUCAUCAUGAGGAAACCGAUGCUGCCGACCCUUUCUAUGCUCAUUGUAAAGUACAUUCCGAAAAAGAGCUAAUACGAAAACGUAAACGAAACUAUCAUACAUUCCGUCUUCACAUGGAACAAAAGCAUCAAGAGAAACAACAGAACAAAAUGGAUGAUCCUUGUCCGGCUCAAAUGCGCAUCAAUCGCAAACUGCAAAAAUAUCAGCUUAAAUAUGCAGCCCAUAAGCAAGCACGGCCUGAGCCUUGGGUACCAACGCAAAAAAUGUCUAGAUUACUGACUACAUCUGCUUCCGCCUGUCGCCGCCUCCUGGCCAAGGCCAAUGUAAUGGAUGUUGAUGUCGAUCUGCUGGAGCGGCAAGAAGUACAAGUGGCUGCCAUAACGGAUAUACGCAAGAAAUGGCAUAUAGCACCUGCAUUUAGUGUAGAAUUUGUAGCAUACUAUCUUGAUCGAAUAUCGCGCACAAAAGAAUUGAAAGAACAACUAUCAACCAUGAUGUCCCGCAACACUACACUGACGAAAGAACAAGAUAUCCUGAGAACGGAAUAUGACUCGCUGUUGGAUAAAAACCGCGAACAUAAAGACAAACACGAAUCGCUGCUAAAUUCAAUAACACAACUUCAAACACAUAUUACCGCCUUGUGUCCCAACAAGAAUCUAAUAAAUCCCCUGAAUAUAGGAAGACCUGCACAACCGGACAAUUUCAAAGCCAACACGCCGCCUGCUAGACCUAUAAGUGUGCCUACAGCAGCAGCUCUUAAAAUGGGCGUAGGAUUUCCUUUAGCACAUUUGGGACAUCCGAAUACCAAAGGUGAUUCCAAUCGUCUCCUUAGCACACAUGUUAAAAAUUCACCUUCUCUGCCCGACACUCACAACUCACCGGCCCGUGGUCUGCUAUACUCUCUCAACAACAAUGCCGCAAAAUCACCUCUAGUUGCAGUAGAGACCCACAACUGUGGCAUUUGUAAAAGAUCCAACGAUCAACAUCUCUUAGCCAAAUGUGAUACAUGCAAGUUGUACUAUCAUUUGGGCUGUUUAAAUCCCCCCCUAACCAGACACCCCAAGAAAUCUAAACUCUAUGGUUGGCAAUGUUCCGAAUGUGACAAGUCGGAUCAGUCGGAUGGUGUUCCUGACCUCCCCAAGGGUCCACGAAAAUCACGCACACGUUUCAAUAAAGACGGCAUUAUCGUGCCGUUUAAAUCUUCACAAAACAGCGAUGAUUCCAUGAAUAAUUCAACGACGUCGACCAAGUUCGAUUAUGGGCCAGGCCCAACAAAACGACGUUCCUUAGAUAUUGCCUCAUCGACAAUUUCACCUUCCACCUCCGUAACAGGAUCGGCGAGUGCUGCAAAGAAAUUAAAUUUGAACAAAUCCUUACCGAGCACUGUCAGUGAAAUAUCGAUAAAAUUGGACAAUUGUCAAAAGUUAAGUUCAAGUAGUUCUGGUCAAAUUACACCCAAAUUAAGUAAAAAAUCAAAAUUAAGUUUAAAUUAUUCAAAAUCAACGCAACUGCAGCAAACGACGAGUAUUAGUAUGGAUUCAACGAAAACGAUUGCAAAACAUAUAAAACAUCCUUUCGAAGAUUUUCAUCAUCCACCUCCAGUGCAGACAUCAUUAUCAAAUGAUGAACCAUUAGUAUUAGUACUAAAUUCUAAAUCAACAACGCCAUUACCUGUCGCAACAGAACAUGACCCAUUGUCCUUGCAUAGCAACUUAACCUCGACUAACAAUACAACUACAAACAAUAUUAAGUCGACAUCCGUGUUGGAAGGUGUGCCAGAUAAUUCGAAACAAGCCCGCAAACAAAAGCGAAAAGAUAAACAUAGAAAUAAACACAAUUUGUCAUCGGAUACUGAGAAAUCACCGAACAAGGAACAUAAACGUAAACGUAAAAAGAAGCAACACGACUUGGAGGCACCAAACGAUACAAUGGCUGGUAUACCGAAAAUUAAAAUAAAAUUCAAAACAUUACCACUACCAGGUGAAGUGACACCGGAGGCUCAGUUUUUCUAUGUAUCAGCUGAUAUGGUGCGUUCGGCAGACGAAGCAUCACGACCGGGUUCUGUAGAGACGGUCGAAGAUAUUGCAAAUUUCACUGAGGAGCCUCCAUUGUUGAACAAAUCUAAUGUGACAACGCCUCGGCCCUCAGCCCCAAGUAAGACUUUAACACAUUCACCAGUGGUAGCACAUACACCUGCAAAAAAUACACCUUCACCACGUAAAAGCAGUCCCCGUAAGUCGGUGCCACCACGUAUGUCUGUCGGACAUAGCGGAGCUGGGGGAUCAGCGUCACGUUCAAAGACGUCCUCUCAGAAUGUCAAUCAAAUACUCACAUGUUGUGUUUGUAACGAGACUGGUGCAACAUCGAAUGCCGUUACAUGUGAUGAAUGUCGCAAACAUUAUCAUUUUAUUUGCUUAGAUCCGCCUCUCAAAAAAACUCCUAAAAUACGAGGUUACUCUUGGCAUUGUGCCGAUUGUGAUCCAACCGAUGAAGAAAAACAUUAAUUUGCAGUAUUUUUAAAAAUAUGUUUAUGUUUAUAUAUUUCUUUUUUUUAAUUUUUUAUUUUAUUUCCCAAAAUUUCUCUUAUCAUUAGAUGACAUAGAUUCAUAAUAAUCGCUUUAAUGAGUCUUUUGAUGUUUAAUUUAUAUAUAUAUAUAUAUACAAAAUUAUGCAUGACCACCGAUUUGAGAUCGGUUUUAAUUUUAUUUAAUAUUAGUUCUCACAAAAUAAAUUUUACAUUUUAACAUUUA